UAGCUCCCCUCAAGCCCAUGUGCAGGAAUCUGGACAAUAUUAUGCUGUCCUAUUCGUCUGUUAACUGACAAGUGCGUCCCUUGAGGGGCUGAUGCCAUAAAGGACGAAGAGAACAGCUAAAGUUUUGAGAUUUAAUGGACUCUGGACUCGAGUGUUGAUCUGAUGGAAAAUAAAAGUAAUGGAUCUUGAGGAAUAUUGAUCAUUAAACAUACAUAUUCACAGAGUUAUUUAUGCAAGUUUAUAACAUUAUAGGAGUUGACAUGAUGAGUGAAUGGUCCCCUAUUGCUCGUGUCUACAACCCACUAGCAGCUGGUAGUAUAGAUGGUACAGACACUGAGCCACACGAUCGGGCAGUAUGGCGGGCUAUGAAUGCUCACUAUGUACCUCCUGACAUUGAGUCUAAACCAGAACACACGCUAUUUAUAGGUCGUUUGCCUCAUAAUAUCGAGGAAGAAUAUUUGCAUGAAAAAUUUUCCAGGUUUGGUGCACUUGAGUGUGUUCGUCUAGUGCGAGACAUUGUCACUGGUCAGAGUAAAGGAUAUGGUUUUAUUGAAUUUCGGCGUGAACGUGAUGCAGUCCGCGCCGUCAGAGAAUAUAGUGGCCUUGAAAUUGGAGGCCGACCAAUAAUAGUUGACUGGGAAGCUGGACACAGGAUGAAGGGCUGGGUCCCAAGGAGACUAGGAGGAGGUUGGGGUGGUCGAAAAGAAGCUGGACAACUUAGAUUUGGCUGUCGUGACCGUCAAUGGAUGAAACCCAUCAUCCUGCAUCCUCAGCAGCAUUCGGGAAGCACAGCGACCGGAGAAGGGUAUCGAAACAUUGGCUCCUCGGGCAGGCAAAGACACGGGGACAGUACUGUGACAUCUGACAACAGGGAAAGGAGACGUAAUCACUCUAAACAAUGUGAUGAUGGAAACCAAGGGAGAAGCAGGCAUUAUGCUCAUAAAAGAGACAGAAGUGCUGAGAGAAGCAGUAAUGACUCUAAGCAGAGAGAUUACCAUAGAGGAAAACACUUUUAACUCUAAACCAAUGGGUAACAAUUUCCUAUUCCUACCCCCUUAUACAGUACUGUAUACCUAAAAAUGGAAUGCUGUUGAAGGGUUAAAUGGUGAUUAACAAGUGCAAGAAAAGUGGCUCAAGAGACAUUUAGCCAGACUCACAAAGUACCUAGAGCUGUUGUAAGAAUCUGUGAUAUUUCCAGCAGGUUUUUAAUUUCUUCAGAAUGUAUGAAUUAAUAUUGCCUCAAAUAUUACCCCUAAUGCAUUAACAACUUGCACCUGAUGUCUUGGCUGCAAGCCUGUUCAGGUUUAUUUAAAUGGUGUGUACACAUUACCAAUUCUCACCACCACAUUCAUAUCUUGAACUAAAUUUCUAAAAGUGAGAAAAUGGGGGUUACCAAAAUCCAUGUUUUGUCAAUAAAUUAAUGUUUAAAUGUGAAUUUUUAUUUAAUUGCAAGUCUCGAUAUAGUUUAAAGUAAUACAGUAAUAGUAGAUGGAGACUUUAAUUUUAAAUUCUGUUUUCUUCAUCAUGACAAUAAAAACACACACGUCCAUGUAAAUGAUAACACUGAACCGAUAUUUAAAUAAAGUGUGCCAAUUACAGUA